GAUCCAAAGUGUCAGCUAUAAAAACAAACCUUGUCAGAGCCUCCAUCUUCCACCUCUCCGGGUUCAUAUCCCAUUCUUGCCCACUGUUCUUACAUCUCCUCUGUUCGGCAAAAAAAAUGAAGGGCGAUCACGAUUCUGAUGAUGAUCCGAAAAGCCCACUUCUCCCUGUCAAUGAUCCAGUCGAGCCGUCGUCAAGCUCACCCUUUUCUCUCAGAUCCUUAGUCACACUUAAAAGUUUGUACGUCCUUUUAGGACCCCUUUUGUGUACCGUCAUCUGCCUCUGUGUCAAGUUUGAUGGUCCCGUGGCCAGCCGAAACAUGUUAGCGCUUCUGGCGUGGGUGUUUGCUUGGUGGCUCACGGAGGCUGUGCCCAUGCCGAUCACCUCCAUGGCACCUCUCUUUCUGUUUCCUCUCUUCGGAAUCGCUUCUGCUGAUAGUGUUGCUCACUCUUACAUGGAUGAUGUGAUAACCCUUGUUCUGGGUAGCUUCAUACUUGUUCUUGCUGUUGAGCGCUACAACAUUCAUAGAAGAUUGGCCUUGAAUAUCACUCUGCGGUUCUGUGGGGAUCCGGUGAAUCCACCUCUCCUCCUGCUCGGCAUCUGUGCCACCACGUUCUUCGUCAGCAUGUGGAUGCACAACGUGGCGUGUGCCGUGAUGAUGAUGCCUGUGGCCACGGGGAUCCUACAGCGCCUGCCAGUGGGCCCCACCCGGUCCACCCUUGUUGGCAACUUCUGUCGGGCUGUGGUUAUCGGGGUCACGUUCGCCGCUCCUAUAGGGGGCAUGAGCACCCUCACCGGUACAGGUGUCAACCUGAUACUGGUGGCCAUGUGGAAGAGCGCCUCCCAGGAAGCCAACUCCAUCGGUUUCAACACGUGGUUCUUCUUCGGUUUUCCGUUGGCUUUGUUGAUUUUCUUCGCUUUGUGGGCCAUACUUUGUCUGUUGUAUUUGUCUAGGGGCUCUAGCCAGGCCCUCUCUGCUUACUUGGACAAAGCCCACCUGAAGAGAGAACUCGACACGUUAGGUAAGGAACCCUGGUGACUUUAUACUCUCCCUUUCAUUACUU